AUGGCCAUCCAAAUUAUUCCUUCUGAUAACAGUCUAUACUUAUCAGUUGAUAAAUUGGCCUAACGAAUAAACAAUCUCUUCUCUCACAACUCAAAAAGUACUUUCUAGUUUCACAAUUAAGGGGCUUCAAAAAAAUAAAUUCUUACAAAGAGAGAAAGUUAAAUUUACUGUAUUUAUAUUAAUAUAACAAGUUAGAAGUUCAAUUCAGGAAAAACAUGAGUAACUUUUUUUAUGGAAGUCGUUUGAACUAACAUAUUCGGAGACUUAGAAUCUCUAGUGUGAGACUCAGAAGAGAUACUUUUCUUAUUUUGUAUCAACCCUAAAUGUAGUAUUUGUAAAUAUUACUAAGGAGGUACGAGAAGCUGCUAAAUUAACUACUUCUGCUUAAUCAGAAAUAGUAGAAUUAAAAAUUGAAAAAAGUUAAUCAAACUUAGAAUUUAGCUUUUUUAUCAUGAUAAAGAGAAUCUAAAAGAAUAAAAUAAUGCAUCAAACAACAUAAAUCAUUUUAUUUAACUCAAUGAAGUUAACAAUUAAAUAAAAAAGUUGUUACAUUAUUUUUAAUAUUAAUUUUAAUAUAUAGAGUAAAUCAUUUCCAACCUUAACAGCCAAAAAAGAGCCUCUUCAUGUUUCUUUAUAACUGUCUUGCCCAUUAGUGAAAGCACAUCCUAAAUGUGAUAAAACUUCAAACAUCUAUGAGGACAAAUCGCUAGAGAGAGUCUCUUUUCUAGACUCCGCCUGUUUCCUAUCUCUCUCUAUCAUCUUCGGUAUGCCAGAGAUGACUUUAUCAAGGUGGGGUAAAAGUUAUGAUUCACGGUUCAUUUAUCUUUUUCCCCUUCCCCUUGCAUCUCAACCAUAGCUUAUUUCAAAACCGUAAGGUAAAAUAAAAUAAAAAUAAAGUAAAAAGUAUAAUUACCAGAUUUAAAAGUUUUUAAUUUAUCAAGAGAUAGGAGAUUUUUCGAAUUUAGGGAAAAAUAUUAAUUUCAUAUAAUGACAAAGCAACAUAUUUUUUAACCAGGUCUAGUUUGACUAAAAAAUUUUAUUGCAGGUUCAGAGUGGGCCAUCUCUAUACAAGAGAAUUCUAUCAAGAUCAUACAGAGCUACUCCUUAAAAAGUUAUCCACAAUAGGAAUUUGCGACCCGCCUACUGUCAAUUGCCAGGGUGAAGUAGGAUGUUUGUUAUUUACUUAAUUACCUUGCUAUCUAACUAAAAGUAGGUGUAGUAGGAGACUGGGUACAGUAUCUGGCAAGGGAGCCAUGAUACUCUCUUCUGGAGGGCUGACUCCGAACUUAAUAAAAAUAAAUUUUAUGUUUAAAUAUUUUUUACUUUGA